AGGAGAGCCAGCCCUGUGCAAUCUACAAACUCUAUUGUGACGCACGUACUACAACUGAUUGCUGCUGCCAAACCUCCUCCAGACUUGCUGUGAUCAGCACAUUAGAUAGAACAAUGGGGCUGGAACAGGGAACAUGGCCAGGAGGCUCUGCACAAUCACUGCAAAUACUCUUGCAUUUCAGCACAGUAUCCGAUCCUUUUAUUUAAUCACUUGAGGAAAUCGGAGCUUAUUGCUUUUUUUUUUAAUUAACUGAAUCAAAGCUUCAUAUAGAUUUGAAGCAUAAUGGCCUGGCUGAUAAAUUCCACUUUAAAACUAAAUUCCUUUUGUUUGGACAAAGGCUUUUCACGGUUUAUACUUUUGAUGCAGGUAUCCUAGGAGGGGUGGAAACAGUGGACAGGAAACUACCCAUAAAUCUGAUAGCACUUUUUGAUUGUGUUUGGGGUGUAGGGAAAGAAGGGAGUACUUAGAAAGCUAGAAGAAUGUAAGCUGAAAGGCAUCUGCAGUACUACUAGAAUUCUAACAAUGAAAAAAAGACCAAAUGGCAAAGCAACCUUCUGAUCUAAAUUCAGAGUGCAACAGAGAAGGUGGACAGUUUCAGUCAAUUGAAAGGCCAAGUCAACCUCAGCAUCUUAGACCUGGGGCCCCUACCUCUAUACAAACACAGUAUCAAGGUAAUCAUUCAGGUGAGGGGGACUUCGCCCAGCAGCCCUCAGGGAGCUCUUCGCCCAGCAGCCCUCAGGGACCAUUUGCACCACCCAGUAGCCCCAGUCCAUUUGCUACCAGAUCCCCACUUUUCAUCUUUGUAAGAAGAUCCUCACUGCUGUCUAGAUCCUCCAGUGGGUAUUUCUCUUUCGACACAGACAGGAGUCCUGCGCCUAUGAGUUGCGACAAGUCCACGCAGACUCCAAGUCCCCCUUGUCAAGCCUUUAAUCAUUAUCUAAGUGCAAUGGGUAAGCAAGAUCAUGCUUCCAGGUGGGAAUCUCCCUCAAUACGUGAAGACAUGCAGCCGGAAAUAUGGAUUGCACAGGAACUGCGGCGUAUUGGAGAUGAGUUUAAUGCUUCCUAUUGCCCAAGAAGGGGUUUCUUGGAUAAUCCAGCAGUAAACCACCAAAUUGUUUUGCGCCUGUUACGUUAUAUCAUCCGCCUCAUUUGGAGACUGCAGUAAUGGAUAUGUACAGAGAGAGACAUUCUGAGAUUGUCCAGUUGUCACCAGAAUCCAGCAAAAACAAGCAGCAAUAGUAUCCUUUCCAUACCUUGUGUAUGCAAUUAACAAAUCCUCCUUUUCCUAAAGGACAUAGGAGACAUUGGGAGGAGCAGUAGGACUCCGUGUUUGUGAAAAAUAUGAACAUAGACUGUCUCAUUUUGUCUAUCAGAAGACAGAGGUUUUUUAAAUGGGAAUUCACUGUGAACACGUCACGAUGGAUUUUGGAAAUGGAUAUAUAAAAGCUUUGUGAAGCAGGACUUUAUGUGAGAGUGGUGUUUACGCUGGCUUUUCUUGAACUUUUAAAAGACUGAUUUGGAAAGAAAAUGAUCAAACAUUAUUGAAUGAUUUUCAUACUCCAUUUUCUGGAAACCUGUAGACUGAUCUCUGAUAUAUUCUGCAAUGGAGUUAACUGAGCCAGCUAACUUGCAGAGCUGCCUUAGUUUGUUAUAAAAUAACUAUGUACAGAUGUCUCUUCCCCCCCUCUCCACCCCCCCAGCAAGGAGGGGUCAGAUUCACGCUUUCCCUCCAUUCCUAACUCAUGAAUUGAAGCUAGUUGAAGAAUGGUAGAAGGAUUUGCAUCAAACUUCAGUUACCCUGCAAAUCUCUACUGCCCCCCUAAAUUCAACUGUAUGUGUGUCACACAAACAGCAUACUUCCUGCUGACUGAUUUCAAACUGCAGCUAAGUGCAACUGGCGCGCUCCCCCUGAAACUUCCGCCUCUUCCACCCUACCAGCAGGAAUCUCAAAGUUGACCUGAAUUUUGCAGCUUAACUGUGAAAAUAUUAUGCUUCAAAAUCCAUACCAAGUUGCCUUUCUAAAAGUUCUUUAUUUCUAAUGAGUCUGGAUACAUUUGUGUAUUAUAUAACAUAGAAUGUUGAAGGUUGGGGAUAAUAGAAUAAUGAAAUAUUUGUGGGGUAAAAGCGUUCCUGAGACACUGCAAUCUUGUCCAAAGUUGGAGGGUUGCAUAACUUCAGAAACUAUUUUAAACUUCACUUAAUAUUUUACUGUGACUGUUGAUAAACCCAGUUGGUAUUGCUGGUUUUUUAAUGUGUUGGAUUUUUGCUAGAGCUGGCUUUGUACUUAAGAUCUAUUCUGAGAGAUGCAAGGAACUAACAGACAUUAACAGUUGAACAUGUGGACUGCUGACUGAGUUACAUCUGUCUUGAGGGCAACAGUACAAUAUUUGAAUUGAUUGUGGUGGUUCAAAAAAUCCCACAAGUGAAUGAAUAAAUAUGCAUUGGAAGCAAAAGUUAGGCCAUUUUGAAAGUUCUAGCAAAACUUCCAUAAAAUUGUAUUAUUUUAAAAGAUUAUAAGGGCACUCACUGUAUUUGUACAUCAGACAUUCUGUGAUUUGUUCAAAGAUUAACCAAAAACAGAACUAAGUUAAAUCAAGAUUCCUAUACUGGAGUGACUCGCUAACUAGGUUGCAGGAGGCAUCCAGCACAGGAAAAGUUUUAACUUACCUUUUCUUUAAUUAAUCUUCCUUCUACAGAACUCCCUUUACCGCUUCUUGGUUCACUGAAGUUAUUCCAGAAGGCAUCAUUCUGUGAAACCACAAAUACCAUGGAUUGCAUGACUUGUAAACUUCUGGUCUUUAGAACAUAACAGAAUGAUGCAUUCUGUAACAACUUCAGUGACUCAAGAAGUGCCAAGAGGACUUCACAGAAAGAAAAACUUUAUUUUUAAUUUUGAAGUGUGUAUAUUGAAUGCCCCCCAAGCCUGUUGCAUGGGCACUGUAACCACAGAUCUAGGUUUAAACUGAAUUUUAAUAUUGGUUUUUAUAGUCCACCUUUACACCAUGGGAAACUGCAUGACAGGUGCUUUGGGAGCACACAGUUCCUUCAGAUGGUGUGGUGUAUUAAUCCAGAAUUUACCCCAGUCUGGCUUCAGAAUCUGGCUUCCUUUUGUAUGUGAUGCAGAGAGCUUGCAUGAUUCAGUUUUCCAUUUGCUACAGUCUACUUCAAAAUGCUGCAUUUUAUUUCUGGUUUCACCAGCACCAUAGAAAAAUAUGAUAGCUUUUCUUCCAAAACGUUGCAAUGUGUUCACCCGCGUAUGCUGAGUGCCAUUGUAUUUUUUUUUUUUUUUUAGUUUUGACAAGUAAAUUUGUAUACUAUGUACUCUAUGCACUGACCACUGGUGCCUCUGGGGCAGGUGGGAGGGCUCCUCUAAACAGGGCUCAAUUCCCCAGUUGCAUUAAUCCACCCCGUGAGCAGUGAAUCCGGAGGACAAAAGCACAUGUUGGCUCUGUAGGCUAAACCUUUGUCCUAGGAGUUGGCCUCAAUUAUCAAAGCAGUGGGUGUCUUUUUUUUUUUUUUUUUACUUUUGUAGAGCAAUAUUUGUGACUUAAAUUGUAUCUGGAGUUUCAAGCAGAAAUUCAGUAGUGCUGAUGGCAGAUAGUCACUUCCAUAACAGCAUGGUUUUGGAUCAUACCAAAGUACUAGGUGUAAAGCGGAGUGGAGAAUUCCGAACAUCCAGCAUGUAGUGAAUUGGGCGGGUAUAAAUGUAUGUUCGGUAAAGAGUUCUCACUGCUACCGGAUGCUAGAAGUGAGAAUAAGACUGGAGGGGCCUAUGACACCAUUACUUUUGUUCCAUUUUGAACAUUCCUCACACGUCAGAGUCACACAGCCAUUAAAUAGCUUAGACAAAAAUCAGAUUUUCCAACACUAGACGUUGCAGUCAUCUUUUGAACAGAAUUGGACCCUAGCCACUUCCUGGAACGACAUUAGAGUUGAUCAGGUGCAAGAAUCUCGAAACCUCCUCAUAAAGCCACAUUGUCCACUAGUUGUCAUGAUGAACAGAGUAGAGCAGUUCUGACAUUUGGAAUUGCGAUAUGCACCUUUCUGAACGCACCAAAGACAUUUCUGUUUACAGUACCCCCCCACCCCCACCCCCCCACACACACACGCGCGCGCACGCUUCUACAAGUGGAGCACUUUAUUCCAGUUCUUUUAAAUCUAGUGCCCUUGGGAGAGUUGGCAUCAGUACUACAUAUUUUCUCCCUCUCCAUCCCACCUCUUAAUAAGGCUCUGCUGGCCCAGUGCCUGGAGACUUGGGUGCUCUCUUUGUACAUUUACCUCUAGCAUGGUAGUGCAACAGGUUUGCCACCACACCAUGGCUUCAGACUAGCUUACUGUAAGCGUAAUAAAUGAUUUAAAAAACAAUUCUGUGAAUUAUAUGAACAUUAAAGAACAAGAUAUUGGCACCAUGUGACUUGGACUUCUCUGCGCUCUUGUUUAUCAAGAAGUUUCCUGCAGAUGUUUUUACAGUAUGUAUUUUAAAAUAAUAACUAAAACUAAUCCCAUUGUCUUUGACAAUUUAAAACUGGUUUUGUGCCUUGGCAACCUGUCUGCCCAGGUUAGAUUUGUGGGUGGUUAUUGAAUUUAUUUCUUAAAUCUCAACAUAACAUUAAAAACAGUUAUAAUACUUUGUUAGUGGAGGGAUUUCUUUUAAUUCCAUACAAUCCACACUCUGCCCUGCCAAAACUGCUUUAUGAAGAAUUUUCUUUGGUUGUGGAGAAACCAGAUUCAAAUUUUUCCUACAAAACUUGUAUGAUACGGUAUUAUGCUUUUUCUCCUUCAAUAACUGUAAAUAUUUGAGUAUUUAUUAGAUUAGGGCAUCAUAUUAUUCUUAUAAUCUGAGCCAAAUGUCUGUGUGCAAUGUUUUUUCUUUUCUUACCAUGUCAUGUAAAGUUUUGUACAGCAUAUAAAGUAAAUUACUGUUUUUCUAAGUCUUUUUUAGAAUUGAACUUGGUAAAUACUGUAGAUUCUUUUUUCUGUGUAAUUAAUGCACUCUACUGUUCCAUAAUGCUGUAACUUGUAGAAAUGUUGUAUAUUUAUUUUCUGCUUAUUUAAGUCCUGUAAAGUUUUUAAUGAAUUUUUACUGGUAUAUAUGGAAUUAGUGAUUGAUCAGUUUAGAGCACUGUCUUCUAAUUCGGUGCAAUCAAUAAUGUUUAGUUACUGAGUAAAAGUGCCUAAGUGACUUAGGCUCCUAAGUCCCAUUUUCAAAAGAGGCUGUGAAGUACCUCAGUUAAAAUCUCACAAAGUCCAGGGGACUUGGGUUUCUGUGUGCCUAAAGUCUCUCUUGAAAAUUGUAUCCAGAAUUUAAUCCCUCAUUUCGGCCACGUUUAACUUUCUGGACUCAAUGAUUCAGCACCGUAGAUAGAGGCAGAGAUUUGAAGUAAAAUAUGAUAUGGAGAUGCAAACUCGGCCAAACACCAAAGCCACAUCCAGAAUCUCUUUGUAGCUCAAAGCAUUAAUUUGUUACAAAUAACUUUAUCGGUCUAAGCAAAACAUUAUCAUCCCAAGGGGCCAAGGGCAACUUAUUCAAACAUAUUAUUAAACUGAAGUGCAGUAAUCUCAGUUAAUCACUUUUUCAAGACCUAGACAAUGUGCCAAUCCCCCACCUUCUCGUUCUCCACUGCCUUUCAGAUUUCACCCUCCCUGUGCUCCUACUGAAUCUGGCUGCCUCACUUCAUUGCUUCAGCCAGUUGCCAGAAUUAAAAAUUAUGCUGUAGAUUUCAGUUCGAUAACUUGAUAGUGCUUCCUGGUAACUCAAUAAUAACCCUAUUUUGGGAUAUUAAACACCUUAUCCUCAGUUUACAUAGUGCAGGACAUGGCUGUUACCUCGUAAAGAAGAAGCCCCUGCAAGUUAUUUAUAGAACUAUUUUCUACUUGGAUUUUUAGAGUAAACUUCUGCAUCCUGGUUUCAAGACCACUCAUUACUGUAACAAAGCUCCUUAUCAGGUACAAACAUAGCACUGAUCAUGUACUGAUUAAUCACUAACUUGUUUCAUAGGACCCAGCAUAUGUAGCAUAUGUAGCAUUUUUAUUGCAAUUUCCCUGGCUUACUUGUGGUUUGCACUGAUGAAUUUUUGACAGGGUAAUUGCCACGUUACUUGUGCAAUACUGCUGUACAUAGCUACAGAUCUUUUUUUAAGAUGCAAUC